AGCCGUUCAUUAAAAUCACAGUGUUUGGUACUACUGGUUUGUUGCCCAAGACUUACACCGGUCCGCUGUAAAGUGAAGGGAAAAUCAAAGAACAUAGUUUAUAAAUGUAAGCUUAACUUCGGCAAAGAAUCUAGUGAAACGACGUUGGUGAGUGUAAACGGAGCGCAGAACUUUUUGUAUUCUUUUUCAUAUUUGGAGAUGAGGACGAAAUUCAUUAUUAUCUGCAGUCUUGUAGCACUCGUAAGCUUUUGCUCUGCUCGAGCAGCAGAGGAGGAAUACGAAUAUGAAGAAGAACCAGCGCCGCCUCCAAAAAGACUACCUGCUCGRCCGCUUGUAUCUCGAGGAGCUCAGGCGUUAAAAAAUAAAAAAUCRGCUAGUACGACUACUACCACAACUGCUGCCCCACAGGAAGAAGUGGAGGAAGCUGUUGAAGGAGAUUAUGCAGAUGAACAGCCUGAAACUAGUUCAACUACAGAAGCACCAAAAAAGGGGAUUAUCAAAACAGGAAUUAUUAGACCGUUCAGAAGCAACGAUGAUCUGUUGGCCACCCUCAAAAAGCGAAGAGAAGAUGCAGUUAAUAAUAAACACUUUAAACCAGCCGUAGCCAAAGACCAAAGUGAUGAUGAAGCCUCUGAGCCAGUACAAAAGGAAUCAAAAUCAGCACCCUCAUCAUCGUCGACUCGCAAAAGUAAAUUUAAUAAAUCGUCCAAAACAAGCCAUGCAAAUGAGGUUUCUACAGAGCAAAGUAGCAGCACCGCAGCGCCAGCUAGAACAGGAAGAGGCCGUUUUGCGGCCAGAAAUUAAGCUUACAAGAAAUAGCAGCCAAUUUUUAACUGUCGACUUUUUUUCAUUGUUGACAACUUAGAAAUAGUUUUUCAAAAUGAUACUUGUAAAAAACGUAUAGUUAAGUGGUACACUACAUAUGAAUUUUUAAGUUUAAGUCAAUGUUUGUUAUAAACACGAGAACAAAAAUUGCAACAGUUAUUAUUUUUCAUAACGGACAGAAGAAUGUACAUAUAAAUUAUUAUUCA